UUUAUUAGGAAUUUUUUAUAAAAUGUCAAAUUAUCCUCAGUAUAAUUUUGAUGUGAAGUCUUCUUCAUCAUCAUCAUCAAAAAUACCAUUAAUUACAUUAGGUGCUAGAGUUGUAACAAUAGCUACUCUUCUUGUGUCAUGGGGUGUGUUACAAACUAGUGAAGUUACUUUUAGUAAUGGAGCUAGACUUACCUAUGAUUAUUAUCGCUCAUACAGCUAUACACUUUUUGCUGUGAUAGCAGGAGCAGUGUACAAUCUGUUGCACAUCCCAUUUGCAAUAUAUUUCCUCAUCAGAAAGAAGCCUUUGAUAAAUCAUAAGGUUUUUCGACACAUUGAACUCUAUGGUGACAAGAUUAUAUUUGGGAUACUAGCAACAGGAGCUGGUACAGCAUUAGGUGCAACAAUGGAUUUAAAGAAAAUUGUUUAUAAUGAUGACAACUCAAAGUACCACGAUUUCUUGAACUUGAUGUAUAUUCCAGUUGCAUUUCUUUGGGCUGGACUUGUGAGUUCUGGAAUUUCUUCUAUUUUAUCAUCUUUGAGCCUCCAUAAGUCUGAAUCAUGAUAAUACAUAAAGGUUGAAACAAAACAGUUGCUUUAAUUUAGCUUUCUGGUUGCGGUCAUUCCCGGCGUGAAUGUGGGAUGCUUAAUUCAUCACGAUGUCCUUUUAAUUUAGUUACCCUAUUUGUUUGAUAAUUCUUGUUUUAAUAUAAUUAAUAUAGU